AUGGCGGCGGCAUCGGAGCAGCGGAUGGCUGAGGAAGGAGGCGGUGGCCACGGCGACUGCGGCUCACCUUCCGCCAUCGGCUCUACCCAGCGACUGCCCCCAGCGACCCCGCCCCAGCCCCUGCAGCCGGGGUCCCAGGCGCCCCCAGCCUCGGCGCUGGCUCCGGACCAGCUGCCUCAAAACAACAUGCUCAUGGCGCUGCCCAUCGUAGCCAUCGAAAACAUCCCCAGCUUUAUGUCCCAGGACGAAAUUAGCCAGCUCCACCUCGUUUGUAAAAGAAUGGACUUGGUCUGCCAGAGAAUGUUGAAUCAGGGAUUUCUAAAAGUGGAGAGGUACCAUAAUCCAUGUCAGAAACAAGUUAAAGCACAACUCCCAAGGAGAGAGUCAGAAAGGAGAAACCAUUCAUUAGCUCCUCAUGCAGACAUCCUCGCUGCUGUUGAAACAAGGCUGUCUCUCUUAAAUAUGACUUUCAUGAAGUAUGUGGACUCCAAUCUCUGUUGCUUCAUCCCAGGAAAGUUCCAGGACCUUCUGCAGCCCUGACAACAAUGCAACUCUUCUCCAAGCAAAACCCUUCAAGACAAGAGGUUACCAAACUCUAGCAGCAGGUUAAGACAAAUGGUGCUGGGGUGACUGUUCUCAGGCGUGAAAUUUCUGAGCUUCGCACCAA